AUGGAAGAUGAGGAAAAGUUAGCCAGAGUUGAAGAAAACCAACAAAAAGAUGCAACAUCAAGAGUUUUUCCAUGUCUAUUCUGUUCAAGAAAGUUUUACAGUUCUCAAGCUUUGGGGGGACACCAAAAUGCUCACAAGAAAGAGAGAAGUGCAAGGAAGGCUAAGAGGCCUUCUGAGUACUCACGUGUUUCCUUUGCUUCCCCAUUGCCAACCCCUAUGGUUUUUGCUCCAACCCAUCAACUGGAUAUUUCAAAUCCUUCAAUGUUCAUCAAUGCCCACGCAGCAAAUCUCCCUUAUCUCCCAAGCCAACAAAUCUCGGAACAAUUUAGAUCAAAUAGUGCACCUACAUUUGGGAAGGCUGUAUAUUUUGAGGGAAGUUGUUCAAAAAGUCGAUUCUGUGAUGAAGAUGAAUUUUUUUUCAUUAAUUGGCAAAAGCGUAUAAGAAGCAAUCACUUCAGCAGGGGUGACAUUGCUCAUCAUAUAUCAUUGAUAAGUAACAAUCAAAAUCUUGGAAUUUGGAAUGACGAUACAGAGAAAGAUCAAAAGCUUGAUUUGUCUCUUCGUCUGUAA